AUGGAGAGAACUUGCCGGUGGCUCCUCCUCUGCGCUCUCCUGGAGCUCUUUGCGCUCUCCUCCGCGGCGGUAGCGCUGGAGUUCCGGGUCGGCGGGGCGAGGGGCUGGCACAAGCCCACUGGGAACGAGACGGAGACCUACAACGAGUGGGCGAGGAGGAACAGGUUCCACAUCGGCGACGCCCUCUGUAAGAUCGCCGCCGUUUCACCGAAUCAUCUUCAUCCUUUCUCCUUCCCCCUCCGCCACCAUGCAGCUGCUAACGAGGAGGAGGAGGGGGGACAUUUAUCUCCAUGCAGAUUUCAGGUACGAGAACGACUCGGUGCUGGCGGUGGACUACGACGGCUACAGCCGCUGCAACACCACCGCGGCGGCGCUGAAGUUCAACGACGGCGACACCACCUUCGAGCUCUACCGCCACGGCUUCUUCUUCUUCAUUAGCGGGAAGCCGGGCCACUGCGAGGCCGGCCAGAAGCUUGUCGUGCGGGUGAUGGUGCACAACCCGCCGGUGAGCCCGGCGCCUGCCCCGGAGACGGGGGGGAACUCGGGUUCCGCUUCCGAGGCCGGCCCAUCGAUCCACCCGACGCCAAAUGCUGCCUCCAAGCUCUUCGUUGACCUUCAUGCUGUAGUAAUGGCGGUUAUCAUGGGGGGGGUCGUAGCUUCUGCACUUCUCGUCUAA